CGAUCACCUUCAUAAAGUAUUUCGUCAUACUGUCAAUACAAAAUCAUAAAAUCAUUAAAUAAACCUUAAUAUAUUUAGUGAUAAAUCAAACAAAUCGAUUAUGAUGAAUUGCACAGUGAAAUCAUUAAUUGCGCCCUUGAGGUCGUACCGAAAACAUGUCGUGAGGUCUAUAUGCGCCACUAGUGUGAGGAGGGAUUCUUAUAAAAUUCAAGAUAUGAAAGAUUUUGAAGAUAAAGUCAAGAAUAGCAAAGAGCCUGUGAUUGUCGAUUUCUUUGCAACUUGGUGUAAUCCCUGCCGCAUGUUAACACCAAGACUAGAAACAGUCAUUGAAGAAACCAAAGGAAAAGUAUCAUUAGCUAAAGUUGAUAUCGAUGAAAACACAGACUUAGCUCUGGACUACGAUGUAGCAUCUGUACCAGUGCUCUUGGCUAUUAAAAAUGGAAAGGUCGAGAAGAGGCUAGUCGGUCUACAAGACAGUGAUGUUCUGAGAAAAUGGGUUCAAGAUGUGAUGGACGAGAAACAAUAAGUUAAUUGUUUGUAG